AUGUCAGAGAAACAAUUAGAUGCUGCUUUGGAUUUGAUGAGAAGAUUGCCACCUUCUCAAAUUGAAGACAAUCUUGCUGGUUUGAUCGAUAUGGUUCCAGAUCUCACUGAAGACUUGUUAUCAACCAUCGAUCAACCACUCAAGGUUGCCUACGAUUCACACGCCAAGAGAGAUUAUCUCUUGUGUGAUUACAACAGAGAUGGUGAUUCUUACAGAUCUCCAUGGUCCAACAAAUAUGACCCACCACUUGAUGAUUGUGCUCUCCCAUCACCAAAAUUGAGAGAGAUUGAAGUACAAGCCAACGAAGUAUUCGAUAUCUACCGUGAAUUGUAUUUCGAAGGUGGUGUUUCAUCUGUAUAUUGUUGGGAUCUCGAUGGUGGUUUUGCUGCCGUUGUUUUAAUCAAGAAGACUCAAGAUCAAUCAAAGAAGGGUCAACCAAUGAGAGGUACUUGGGACUCUAUUCACGUUGUUGAAGUAAAGGAUAUGAAGAAGAAUGCUCGUUAUAAAUUAACCUCUACCAUUAUGCUUUCGAUCGAAACUGAGAAUGACCAAACUGGAAAGGUCAACUUGGCCGGUUCAUUGACCCGUCAAGAGGAAAAGGAAUCUCCAGUCAACGACGUCGACACUCACGUCACCAACAUUGGUAAGAUGGUCGAAGAAAUGGAAUCCAAGCUCAGACAAACCCUCGAAACCAUCUACUUUGGCAAGACCAAGCAAGUCGUCAACGAACUCCGUUCUGCAACCGGUGCCUCUGAACAAGAAAAGAGAAAGAACCUCUCCAACCAAAUCGGUUCUGCUCUCAGUUCAAGACAAUAA